AUGGGAACCAAUGCACAUAUACUUCCAGCUGUGGACAUGAUGGUAAUGAGGAAAGGUCCAACUCUAACACAGCAACAACAACAAGAUUUGAAUGCUGAAAUUACUAAACAAGAGAUAGAUGAGGCUCUGAAGGGGAUAGGAAGUGAUAAAGCUCCUGGUAUAGAUGGGUAUAAUACAGAAUUCUUCAAGAAAGCAUGGCCAGUGAUCAAAGAAGAAGUGUAUGCAGCUGUGAAAGAAUUUUUUUCAUACAGGGGUGAUGUUUCCAUCAUUGCUAGUAGACUACAGAAGAUCAUGCCAUGCAUCAUAUCUGAAGCCCAAGCAGGAUUUAUCCCAGGGAGGAAAAUAGCAGAUAAUAUCAUCCUUGCUCAUGAGUUAGUUAAAGCUUACAGCAGGAAACAUAUCUCUCCUAGAUGCAUGGUGAAGGUUGACAUGAUGAAAGCAUAUGAUUCUGUUGAAUGGGUGUAUUUGGAUCAAUUGUCAGAGUAUUUAUGCUUUCCCACAAAAUUCAUUAACUGGGUGAGAACUUGUGUAUCAACAGUGAGCUAUUCAAUCGUGAUAGAUGGGGAGUUGACCAAACCUUUUGAAGCUGCCAAAGGACUCAGAUAG